AAAGUGCUUUUGAUUAUUUUAAUUUUAUAUUUACCUGAAAGUUAACUUUAUUUUCGUAAAAAUAGAAGCACUUACCAUUAUGAAAUCUGAUUUAUAGAUUCCAAUUAGUUAAUUCUGUAGAAAUUACAAUGAUACGUUGCUUCUUAUAACUUUGUAAACAUUUUAUUUGGUGAAUUUAUAAAAACUGACGAUGCACAUCCUGUGCACGAUAUGCAGCGACCUCGUGAACCCGGCCGAGAGCCUGUACGUCACCAAGUGCGGCCAUCUCUUCCACCACCAGUGUCUCGCGCAAUGGAUCGAAAGAUCAAAAUCCUGUCCACAAUGCCGCAACAAGGUGACAGACCGGUGCAUGUUCCGCAUGUACCCGACAGUGUCCAACGAAAACUCCGGGGAAGACGCAGCAACUCUGCAGUCAAGGCUGGAUGAUGCCAUGCUGCAGCUACGGACGCAGAACACGGAGCAGAGGGAACUAAAGGACAAGCUUGCUGCCGCCACACAAGAGGCUAACAAAAAAGAGGAGCUACUAAAAGCGGCAGAGAAGCGACUUGUAAGCCGAGACUCGGCCGUUUCAGCGCUGCGGGAACAGCUGGAGUAUGUUAAAAUACAAAACAAGGAGACGCAACGGCUGAAGGAAGACAAUGAGGCGCUUAAGAAGAAUAUACAGACUCUGAAUGGGCUGCAGAAGGUACUGAAUGCGACUGCAGCUGAAGUGGAGGAGACGCUUCAGGGCUAUUCGGAUCUACGCACGCUCGCCACCUUCGCCGCCGCACUCAAACGAGCACUGUGUGAGUCAGAGUCCAAGAAGCGCUCGUGCCGGGAGCUGCAGCACAGCGCUGAACAACGGUUGGCCGCCAUGCGGGUCAGAUAUGAAGACCUGCAGGCUAAGAUUGGGCAAGUGCAAGAGAACCUAACAAACAUGGAGCGCAAAUACGAAGCGUUAAAACACAAGCGGAAAGCGAGCGGAGAAGCGGAGCCGCGCGGCGCCAAGCACGCGCGUCCCUCCCCCUCCCCCUCCCCCUCACCCGCCCCCUCACCCUCCACCGCCCUCUCACCCGCCCCCGCCCCCGCCCCCGCCCCCGCCUGCUCCACGCCGAGGCUGAGCAGCACUUUCAACGAUGCUGUCGUCGACAUCGUUAAUGAGAACGAAGAUAGCUUUAACACGGCCGUCAGACGAAUCAUACAGUCGGACUCCCCCUACCUGAGCCUGAAGCAGAGCGGCCUCGCACUCGGCACUAUACACCAGCGGAGACCUGCUCCGGCUAAUCUAAAGCCGUCAGAAUUCGCGAUCCUCCGCAGCGCGCCAACCAGCAUCUUCCACAAGCCGCCCCCCCUCGAGCCCCCCCGGGACGAGUUGAACACGGCCUUCACGGCCCCCUCCCCCUCCCCGCCCCCCUACGACGGUCUCGGCGGCCACGCCCGCCCCGACACCUUCCCCACCCCGCGCCCCAAGGUGCCCAAGGUUACGAGCAAGCACAAGCUGAAGAGGUUCAACUCGGCCGGCAGCAGGGAUAUAUCGCAGAUGUUCGCCGGCCUCAGGGAUAAGGACUAAGGCGUAAGUACCGAAAACUGGUACAAACGAGUAGCUCAGCAGGUGAGGUGUCCAAAAUUAUCUAAACACAAACUGGAGUGUGUGUAGAUAGAUCAUUAUGGACACCCGGCUCGCUUAGCCAUUUCUGCCGCUGACUGUACUAAAAGCAAAAUUGAUAUGAUGUACCUUAUCCUCGUAAGACGGUGGGUCUAAGAAAGUUUUUCAAUUUUUAAUUUGGACCUUGUUCUACAAGUAAAUAGAAACGAAUUUCGUUUGUUUUACAACACAGUGAAACAACAGAAAUGCUACUUUAUUUGUUUCACGAAAGGUUCAAAUUAGAUUGCAAUGAAAAUGUACAUUUUAAUGUACAUUUAGACUCACGAGGUUAAGACGUUACAGUAAGGUUUACGAAAAAGCAAAGGUGGUUAUGGUACAUUAGCAAAUCAACCAGCUAAUUCUAAUCCCAAGACUAGAAUUAAACUUAAAAAUUAAGACACAUCACACACAUUUAAUUUCCAAAUCACUACUUACUGGAUACUGGAUAGUAUAUAGUAAUACUUAUUAAUCUCUCAAUUUCAUAUUGAAUUUAGCGAUAUUGUAGCUUACACUUCUUUUAUAUUCUCCCUUUUCUGUACACAAAGAGAGAAUAUAAACGAAGUGCAAGCUACAAUAUGGCCAAAUUCAAUAUGAACUUAAGACAUAAAAAAUAUUCAAGCAAAUAAUAAUGUUAUUUUUGCGACAUGUUCACGAUAUUUCGUUGUAUUAUACCUAUUUAAGUUAAGGUUACCUCAAUUUUGAUGUUAAUCUUGCAUAUUAUCCAAGAUUAGCUUUACACUGAAUUUGUAGAAUAUGUACAGACGCGAGCGGUGCUGCGUUGUUACUGUUAAAUUAUAUUAAGAACAAUUUGUUAAUAUGAAUCAAUUGUUAUUUGUAGUCUGUUUUUUUAUUCCGUAGACUAAAAUGACAACCACAGAUGUCAAGCGUAGACAUCUAGACAUAAUGUCACCAGUUUAAAACAAACAGUGCUGAUCUUUGAUUUCGGUUUGUGAAUAACAGAUAAAUAUUAAUGAAAUAAAACUAUGAAAACGGAUUAUAUCGCGUAUCAAUAUACGCAAUAAAAAUUCAAUAAUUUAUAAAACAUCCCAAAUACAAACAAUACAAUUUAUAAUAAAAUUGGGGAUGUAUUAUAAAUUUAAUAUACGCGAUAUAAUCCGUUUUCAUAGUUUUAUUUCAUGAGUAACUAUCGCGGUAACCGAAGACAAUAUUAGAUUAAUUUUAAAUUCAAAAUAAACAAUAAAUGAAACCUACUCGCUAUACAUGAUAGGAAAUAAACAAUAAAUAAAAUCUACUCACUACUAAUCCACUCAAACAUUUAAAAAAAUACAUUGACGUAUCGCCGACCUGACGUAACGCCACUGGUAUUUUUGGUUUACGUAUUCGACAUUCGUUACUUUACUCGUAAAGUGAUCGGAUGUAUUCAGUGCGUUUUCUCUCGUCUUCAUCAACAAAUAUAAGUACCUCCCAAUAGUUGAUUUUCGGUAAGUACAUCACUAUUUGUCUAUUUAUAAGGCGUAAAAAACUAGCAACACGUAAAAUGUCAUUUUAGUCUACGGAAUAAAAAAACAGACAGACAGUAUGUAUUAUGUGUCAUAAUAAGAAUAAGGAAGUAAGUAGGUGAGUGUUAGGUAUACAGCAAGACUGAUAUGUUAAAAUCACAAUA